AUGCUGUCAAUUAAGUUAGUGUUUUCGUGUGUUCUUUUGACUACUUUUUUAGUAGCCAGUGGUGAUUCUAAGAAAAUUCUUGCAUUCUUUCCGACACCCUCCAAAAGUCACCUUAUAAUUCAUGGAGCCAUUGCUGAAGCUCUCGCCGAACAUGGACAUGAUGUAACUGUUGUCACCACCAUCCCCUGGACAUCAAAGCAGCAGCCUCAACUUCGUCAUAUUCAACUUAAAACUGUUCCAAAAUUCUCUGUGGACAAUUUUGCUCAAGCUGCUGAUAAUCCAUUGCCUUGGUAUAAACGCUUAACGCAAUUCAUCGAAAUGAUGACCGAUUAUGCGGAGAACAGCUUAAAGGAUCCAGCAAUGAAACAGCUGAUGAAAGAUGAAUCCUUCGAUGUUGUUGUUUUGGGAUAUUUUACCAAUGAUUUUCUAUUGGGUGUUGCUGGACAUUUCAAAUGUCCUGUAGUCUUAUCGUUUCAAGUGCGUCCAGUUGGACAGGUUAAUGAUUUGUUGGGGAAUCCUCAAGAGAUAAGUUAUGUUCCGAGUUUAAUGGGUGGCGGAACACAACCCAUGGGAUUUGUUGACAGACUUAAGAACUUCGUUUUUGUGGGUUUUAUUGAGGGUGUGGUGCUCAAGAAUCUAAUAGACUGGUUUCAAGCUGAUGCAUACAAGUAA